AUGGACCUCAAUAUGACAAAUCUUUGGUUUCAUGGGAAGGAACAUAUAGCUUCUUCAUCAAUCUCCCAGGCCCAACCAUCUGCCAUAAAUUGCAGGAAUGAAGAACUAGCCGUGUCAGCCGUGAACUUGGGUUGCAUUAGGAGCUCAGAAAUAGCACAGAACUCUAGAAAAUCAUUUCAGCAUGGCGAUCAAAGUUUGGCCACUCCUGAUGAUAGCUGUAGGCUGGUCCUUGGACUUGGGCCAACACCAAAUCUAUAUUAUGCUGAUAGUCACUCAUUUGGUGGAAACAAAACUUAUCAAUAUGCAACUUUGCUCACUCAACAUUAUGGCACAACCGACCCUGGUUUAAUGUUGGGUCUUUCAAGAUGUAGCUCAAGAAAUUUGCAAUCUACAACAGCGAGUGGCAGCAAGAAUUAUUCAUUUGCAAGGAAGACUGGUAUCAUCUUUCCACUUAUUGAUGAGGGAUCAACUUCAGCAAAAAGGAAACGAGGUGGUUAUAUGCUGCCACUUCUGUUUGCGCCAAGAUCAGAAGAUCUUUGUCUUAAUGGAACAUCUCCAGACACCGAUGUCCAACAGCAUGAUGGAACUGGAUGUGAUACUGAAAGUGAUCAUGAUAGAUCUCUGAAUCAUCACGAGAUUCAUCCUAGCCCUGACCUAUCCAUUACAGCUGAUUGUUCUUUUGCUGCAACUUCUGAUAUAGUAGCCGGUACAAGUGGUGAGCAGAGGAGUCAUCAGCGCCACCCAAAGAAAUGCAGGUUCAAUGGGUGUUCAAAAGGUGCAAGGGGUGCAUCAGGGCUUUGCAUUUCUCAUGGCGGUGGCUGA